AUGGCCGUGCCACAACUUCUUUCAAUGCCUCCAACCGCCAGCCUCAUGCAGAUGCUUGAUGAUUAUGGGCUACAAUUAGAUACGGCCAGCGUUCAGCCAGCCAUGCACCGUCCCAAGCCAGGACCCAACUCGCGUUCGCAUUGCGCCCGCAUUGCGCCUUGCGCAUUACGCAAUCUUUGCCUCUGGUCUGAAAAAUGCCUUGGCAGGACAAGAGAAGCAACAAGAAGCACAGAGUCAGGAACGAUUCACGAUUCGUUGCGAAUCAUUACGGUGAGGGGUCUCCAACUCGACGAGAAUCACGAAUGUAUCGUCGACAGACUCUUGCCUUUAGCAUGA